GUGGCACUGCUGGGCAGGGCGGCUCUCGCCCCGCGCCGCUGGCACACAAAUCACAGCCCUGCCUGUGUCAGGUAGAUAAGGAACCAUGUGAUGCAGCUGGUGGGAGCGGGAGGCAGGCAGGGUAAAGGUGCACAGGGAAAUAACCUUGCAGGGAGUUCCUCCCUCCCUCCCUUCUCGGGGAGCAGAGUCUCCGGGCAGCGCUGAUCCCCGCGGCUCCCACGGCACCUUGGCCUGGAUGCCUGCUCGGGUUCCGGGGGCUCUCUGAAACUCCCGGGUGGCAGGAAUGUCCUUUAGCAGAAGGAACUGGUCCGAUCUCUCCAGCCUGGCCAGGCAGAGGACCCUGGAGGAUGAGGAAGAGCAGCAGAGAGAGCGCCGGCGAAGGCACCGGAGCCUGCUGUCAUCCACAUCCACGGAUGAGGAACCUGCCAGCCCUGCCAAGGACACCAGCCCAGCUUCCAGCAGACCUUCAUCCCUGGUGAAGCUGCAGUCUCCAGAGGAUGGGGAGGAGCGAAAGCUCUCAGAGGUGCUGAAGACACAAGAAGGGAGAAGGGCAAGGUGCCUCCCACCUGUGUCCGAAAAGCCGAGGCAAGAGAAGGAGCAGAAGGAGCCAGGGGUGGGAGAAAGCUGCCCAGAGACAGAGCCACAGCCCCGUGGGAGGCAGGAGAGCAGCCGGGCUGCAGAGCGGGCUCAGGAGGCAGCCAAGGGCAGAGGGGACUCGCCAGGAGACAAGAACCUGGAGCCAGCCUCCGAGAGGAAGGUGGUGGUGAGGGCACGGCUCCAGGACAAAGACCAAGGAGUGCGGACUCCUCGGGGGGAGCAGAGGAAGGAGGCCAAGGAGCCGCCAGAGGUGGGGAGCUGCCGGCUCCGUGAGGUGAAGAUCCUCACCAGGGUGGGGAACCACAGCACAGAAGAGAAAACCUCAGUGGUGACAUCUCUGGAGCAGCAGCAGCAGCCAUCCAGGAACCCCUCAAAGCAGGUAAUCCAGCUGUCCCUUCCCCGAGAUGAACCUGCAGAAAAGCCAGACGCUUCUCCAACUCAUGUCACCUUCAGCAGCUCCAUUCGACGGGCCAGCCCCAGAACUGUCUCCUUUCGGAUCAUCUCCAAGAAGCAGAAAGAAGAGAUCCAAAGCCCUCUCACAAGGAGUGCGAGUCUGAGGAUCCCAGGCAGCAACAGCACCAUUGGGGAGAAGCUGGAAAAGUACAACUCGGCUGUGCAGCGCUCGGAGGGGGUGAAAUCCUCCGUGCCUGCCCAGAAGAGUCGCCUGCUCUCCUCGGAGGGGGUGGCGAGCAAGCGCAACUUCUUCGAGAAAAGCGCUCCCAGCAAGGCGGAGCCGGCGGCUCUCAGGAAGGAAAACCUGAAGAUCCCAGGGUCGGUGACAUCCCGCAUUAAUCUGUGGAUCAGCCGAGCUCAGGAGCCUGCCAAGGAGGAAAACAGCAAGGAAAUCCGAAGAAUCAAUAGCCUGGCAAAGCGAGACAUCUGGAUAAAGCAGCCUGGAGACACCUCUGGAGACAAGGUAAUUAUGGAGCUGCUCUGGAACCUGGUGCAUCAUCUGAGGCAGAGGCAGAGCCAGGAUAACUGCCCUGGCAACGGGAAUCCCCCACACGGCUCCCUGGCAGCUGGAGGAUGUCAGUGGGGCGAGAACCUGCCUGGCUGA